AUGGUCCGGAAUAGUGGGCCACUUUUUGAUAGCGCAAAAUUAUUUGCGCAUGGUCGAUCGGUCUAUCCGAAAAAGAUCUACUUUUCAGAAAUUCUGCCAUUAUGCUCAAAAAAUAGAAUCACUCAACGUCGACAACGACCUGCAGGAUCGUCAUGUACACAAGAGCUGCAAGCGCUGUUCAGUUGUUUGAAAAAAUGGGAAUUCGAUGACAAGCCAUGUGUAAAGCAACAUCAAAUCUACAUGCAAUGUGUUAAUGAAACCGAGGCACUUGCUUUGCAAUACAAACGUGCCGCUGAAAAAGUCAGUUUAUUUGCUGCCGUAUACCUUGGUUCCAUUUCUAUUCCGAAAACGAAAAUCCACCCUAACAAUCUUUUCAUUUCAUUUCCUCCAUGCUUCCUUCCUCGAAAAAAAGCACUAUUUGUUGCCCUAAGAUUUGCCUCAGCACAGCUCGUUUUCGAUUGCAAACGAUUCGCAAGAGUAACAUUAAUGGAAGUAGUGCGGUUAGAGUUUUUGACUGCUGAGGGAAGCCUAGGUGAAGAAAGUGCGAAUGAAGUGAAGAGUUCUGGGGGAGGUUCGUUGCCAUCAAGCGCUCAACUGAACCGAAUAAUGACUUUGUUUCCACAACCAGACCUCGGUCAGUCGCCGUAUCGACAAAUGAAACGUAUGCCUUCGCAGUCGUAUGCGGACGAUAUUUUUCAUCGAAAACAUGUUCGUGGCAAGAAAAGUUAG